GCACCCCUUGCUACAGGGCCCAGACAAAAUAAUAGCAUUUUCUAUGAAAUUCGCACGUAUGAUAUUAAACCAUCGAAGAUGAAGGAGUUUGUGGAAAUGUUCAACAAGUACCUUCACCUUCGCACAGCUCACUCGGAGCUGGUGGGACUCUGGUCUGCGGAGCUGGGAGCAAUGAAUAAGGUUGUCCACAUCUGGAAGUACGAUAAUUUUGCUCACAGAACAGCAGUCCGGCACGCACUAGCCAAUGACAAAGACUGGCAGGGAAAAUUCAUCUCCCCAGCUCUCCCCUUGAUAGAAAAGCAGCACAAUGAGGUUGCUUAUCUGGUACCCUGGUGUCAGCUUGGGAAGCCUCCAAAAGAAGGGGGAGUAUAUGAAUGGGUUACUUUCCAGAUGAAGCCUGGUGGGCCAGCAUUGUGGGGUGAAGCAUUUCGAGCUGCAAUCAAUGCUCACAUCAACACAGGUUACACCAAGCUGAUUGGUGUUUUCCACACAGAGUAUGGAUUACUUAACACAGUGCACGUCAUCUGGUGGAAUGAGAGCCCAGAUCACCGGGCAGCAGGAAGGCACAGGGCCCAUGAGGAUGCCAGAGUGGUAGCAGCUGUGAGGGACAGUGUCAGAUUCUUGGAGUCCCAGCAAAAUACGCUCCUGAUUCCUCUGCAAUGUUCGCCGCUGAAGUAACCUUCUCCUAAAGAAUGUAACUGAUGGCAGAAAUGACAAGCUGGAAGUGCUGUCAGCAAGUGCCAUCACAUGGAUCAUCAUGUCUUCAUGAACGGAGCCAGCUGGUCCUCACUUCUCAAUAAGUGGAUGCAAAAUGCUGAUCGCUAGAAAUGUAAAUCAGUAAAAUUUUGUACCGUGAUAGCAAUUGCUAAACAGGUGGUUUUGGUGAUGCUCCUACAUCCCCAGGAAAAAGAACUUGAGCCAUAUCGCUUAUGGCAUGAACCUAUCUUUUAUUUUAAUCCCCAAGUUCUUAAUGCUUUUCUGCAUAGCUAGAUCACUUUUCAGACUUAGUAAGUUAAGUGCUUUUUUCCAACAUUACAGCUCAGGGCUGGUAUCAUUUUCAUAACGUACUUCGGUGACUCCUGUAAUUAUCACAUCUUUGCUAUUGCAUACUGGUUUAAGAAGGAAUGCCCCCAUAUAUCUGUUACCCAGUUAUGUUUUAAUCAGUUUUUUUGAUUGGGAUGCUUUGUACUAAUUCUGAGUAAUGUAAAAUAUCAGUGUGGCUAGAAUUGGUCAUGGGAGGUGAAACUGAUCAGGUAUGACUGAUGAUCUCUGCCAUGAGAAGAGCAGUUAUUCACUAUCUUGUUACAGUUCACUUCAGCCCUUUCCUUUUUUUUUUUUAUUCAGGAAACCCUGUCUCAAAGUUGUGGAUUACACACAUUACAC